UCUCACAGUCCUACUUCCGCUUCCUUCCACCCAGGAGUUAGGCUCAUCCCCCAUUUUUCUCACCUGGGAGGCGGCCUCGGCGUCGGCAGCUUGCGAUGUUUGGCCUCAAAAGAAACGCAGUAAUCGGACUCAACCUCUACUGUGGGGGGGCCGGGCUGGGGGCCGGCAGCGGGGGCGCCUCCUCUUCGGGAGGGCGGCUUUUGGCUUCGGGGAAGGAGGCCACGGCCCGGCGGGAGGUAGGGGGAGGGGAAGCCGGUGCGGUGAUUGGCGGAAGCGCCGGCGCGAGUACCCCGGCCACUCUCGCGCCGGACGCCCGGAGGGUCGCGCGGCCCUCGCCCAUUGGCGCCGAGGGCCCCAACGUCACCGCGACCCCCCCGAGGCUGCUGUUCUUCGAGCCUACCCGCCGCGCGUCGCCGCCUGAAGAGAUGGAAGGCCCAGCUGCCGACGCCAUCAUGUCGCCCGAAGAGGAGCUGGAUGGGUACGAGCCGGAACCUUUGGGGAAGAGGCCUGCUGUCCUGCCUUUGCUGGAGUUGGUGGGGGAGGCCAGCAGUGGCCCCUGCACGGACGGCUCACUGCCCUCGACGCCACCCCCAGCAGAGGAGGAGGAAGACGAGUUGUACCGGCAGUCCCUGGAGAUUAUUUCUCGGUACCUGCGGGAGCAGGCAACGGGCGCCAAGGACGCGAAACCACUGGGCGGGCCUGGGGCUGCCAGCCGGAAGGCGUUAGAGACCCUCCGACGGGUCGGGGACGGGGUACAGCGCAACCACGAGACGGCCUUCCAAGGCAUGCUUCGGAAACUGGACAUCAAAAACGAAGACGAUGUCAAAUCUUUGUCUCGAGUGAUGGUCCAUGUUUUCAGUGACGGAGUAACAAACUGGGGCAGGAUUGUGACUCUUAUUUCUUUUGGUGCCUUUGUGGCCAAACACUUGAAGAGUAUAAACCAAGAAAGCUGCAUCGAACCAUUAGCAGAAAGCAUCACAGAUGUUCUCGUAAGGACAAAACGAGACUGGCUAGUCAAACAAAGAGGCUGGGAUGGGUUUGUGGAGUUCUUCCAUGUAGAGGACCUAGAAGGUGGCAUCAGAAAUGUGCUGCUGGCUUUUGCAGGUGUUGCUGGAGUAGGAGCUGGUUUGGCAUAUCUAAUAAGAUAGCCUUUUAAGUGCAAUAACUGACUUUUAACCAACCCCAGGCAACAAAACCAUGUGUGACUGCUGUGAAAUCAAAUGUAUUUAUGAAGUUGGACUUUGAGCUGUCCAGGCUGUAACCUCCGAGAGUUCUCCAGCAACGUAGAACAGCAAGUGGCAAGAGGAUUAUGGCUAACGGGAAUAAAUACAUGGGAAAAGUAGUCCCCCUUGAAGAGUCACUGUCUAAAAGAAGCAAAGUUCAGUUUCAGCAACAGGCAAACUUUGGGAGGCCAUGGAGGAGAACUUUUAGAUUUAGUGAAGAUGGUAGGGUUGAAGAGACUUAAUUUCCUUAUCUAGAACAGGAGAGUGGCCAGUAGCCAGGCUAGUCAUAGAGUCCAGUAAAUAUGUCCACUGAAUUCAUUAACUUCUUAAAGUGUUAAAAGAGAAGCACUAACAGUGGCAUUGAUCUGUAUAAAAUGGAUUUAAGCUACAGGUAAUAGAACUAUGACUAGAAGCCUCAGUACUGUACAACAGUGUGUGAAGGGAAGCUUUUUCUCUGCAAUUAGCCUUCCCAGGUAUACUUAUUGAAUGGAAAGUCCCAAGUGUUCAGGACUUUUAUACCUGUUAUACUUUGGCUUGGUUGAGUGGUUUAGUUUAUUAGCCUAGUAAUGGCCAAGAAUACUUGACUUAAGGCUCAAUCAUCAGAGUUGCAAAUAUGAGAAUAUCCUCAAUUUU